CCGGGGGCGGAGGCGGCACGUCCGGCGGAAGUUGUCGGUGAGCGGGUGAGGAAGCAUAAUUCCCUUCACCAUGAGCGAGCCGCAGCAGGUCAGCGCGCUGCCCUUGCCUCCAACCCAGUACUGCAAGGAGUACACAGACGAGAAUGUCCGCAAGUGCCUGGCCCCCAAGCCCCCUCCCCCCAUCAGAGACAGCUACAUGAUGUUUGGCAACCAGUUUCAGUGUGAUGAGCUGAUCAUUCGGCCCUUGGAGGGCCAGGGGAUCGAGCGGCUACACCCAAUGCAGUUUGACCACAAGAAGGAGCUAAAGAAGCUGAACAUGUCCAUUCUGGUCAAUUUCCUGGAUCUCCUGGAUAUUCUGAUCAAAAGUCCCGGCAGCAUCAAGCGGGAGGAGAAGCUGGAGGAUCUCAAACUGCUGUUUGUUCACAUGCACCAUCUCAUCAACGAGUACCGGCCCCACCAGGCCAGAGAGACACUGCGGGUCAUGAUGGAGGUGCAGAAACGCCAGUGCCUGGAGACGGCCGAACGCUUCCAGAAGCACCUGGACAGGGUCGUAGAGAUGAUUCAGACCAGUCUCUCAUUGCCCGAUGAUCUGGCUUCCACUGGCGACGCUCCGGUCAGGGUCAAAGCCGAGCCCAUGGAGGUGGAGGAGGGCAACUGUGGACAGGCCGAGAGGGAGAAAGAAGCCUCGCUCGGCAAGAAGGAGCAAGUUAAUGAUAAGGAUGCCGCCAUGUGCGCUAUUAUUGAUGACAUGACGUAGGAAGGCAGUGGAGCUUCAAUGGCAUGUUGAUCCUCGAUCUCAACACAGAUGUGUACUGAACAGACUCUGUAUGUGAAGCACUUUAGGGCAGUGGUAUUCCUGACACAGUCCCCCAGGAGCCAAGGGUGACUGAUCUGUAUCCUAUACCUCGGGGCAGCCACUCACAGCCUGUUUGUUCCUCAGCAAAAAAAAUGUGCAUUGGCAGGAUGCAGAACUUUCUCACUAUCCGGAACUAAAGCUGUCUUUGACAACACUGUCAGUUUAUAGUUUUCUUCUCUUUCAGGUGGAAUGUCACAGCAGGAGGGUGGGGGGUUAUACCCAGGGAGGUGAGUGCGUGGCUGAUCCCUCUGCAGCUGCUGGUGCUGUGAUGGCUCCUGGCCUGCACUGCAUUCCGCCUGCACCACAGGCAGCACCAAAAUCACUGAGCUGAAGCCAUCAAUACUCUGUCCUUGGCCCUUACACUCACUUUAGAGGUGGAGGUGAGGUCACAACCUCUCUUUGAGGGAUGAUAUUCUUGGUGGCCACGCGGGAAGCUACCUCGCAGUAUAAUCAGGCUAACAGUGCAGCCUUGGGGCACAAAUACCCCCUCCCUUUCCCUCCAUCCCUCAUACAUUUUGUACAUCUUUGCCUCAUUGCAUCUGCAGCUACUGUUUGUCAGUGUCUUCUGACUCUUCCUCUGACGGUAUCCUGGUUUGGGUUGUGUGAGGGGCCAGGGGAAGAGUCAGAGUUACGUAGUAGGAAAUAAACAGCAUUAUUGUAA